AUGAAAUUCUUUUGCAAAGUGUGCAGUGUUUCCAUCCUUCACAAAACGCCCAGAGGAUGGAUGGACCACAUACGAGGGACAAAACACAAGACGAAAAAAGCAGCUAUUUUAAAGCCUUCAUCCAUUGCCACUAUUAGCACACUAAAGAACAGCGGAAUAAUAACAAACAGUGAAUACAAAGAGAUAGUAAGAAUAGUAAAUACAGCAGAGAACAAGCAGGAAGUAAAAAAAAGCAUUAAAAAGCUCUUCGAAGAGUCUGUGAUCAGAGCAGCCCAAGAAAUAGCGAAUAAAUGA